AUGGACGAAGACCUGAUCCCUCUCACGGGCCAGACGGCACCUCCUCCCCUUCCCCCUUCACCCCCACACGUACCCCAACGUUGGAGGGAAAGCGAAAGCUACCAAGUGCUCAUGCGUAUCCCUCUCGCCGGAGUGUCCAACAUGUUCUCCUCCGCACUUACCAACCCGGUGGACAUAAUCAAAGUACGUCAACAGCUGCGCACCUCCCCCUCUUUGCCCGGAACGUUCUGGGCCAUCGGAAGCCAGAUGAUCCGGACCGAGGGCCCGCUCUCGCUCACCAGGGGCAUAUUAGCGGGCGUCAUGCGGGAGAGUAUAUACGGCACGAUCAGGUUGGGGACGUACGAGUUCUGGAAGGAGACGUGGAAGCGAUUGAGCGCAGGGAGGCUGGAUGAAAGGGGACUGCCGUUGAAGGUUAUGAGCGCGCUGACGAGUGCGGUUGUCGGCGCAUCACUGGCGAACCCGACAGACUUAGUGAAGAUUAGGAUGCAAGCCCCCUACCCCCCCGGCCAUCCCCCACCAUACCGGUCCACGCUCUACGCCUUCCGCUCCGUCUACCUCGAAGGCGGCGGCACCCUGCUCGGCGGCAUGCGUUCCCUCUGGCGCGGCACGGGGCCCACAGUCGCGAGAGGGAUCGUCAUCUCUGUGAGCCAAAUCGUCGGGUAUGACCAGUGUAAGCAGACCUUGAAGUAUGGCAUGGGGUGGGGGGAGGGGCUGAGGCUGCAUCUGGCUGCGAGUUUGUUUGCCGGCCUGCUAUGUUCGAUCACCUCCAACCCGGUGGAUGUUGUCAAAGUCCGGAUAAUGAACGAUUCAAACCGACAAUAUCGAUCCAUCCUCCAUUGCGUGGGUACGAUCCUGCGGAACGAGGGGACCACAGCGUUCUACAAGGGGUUCAUGAUGUGCUGGGCUAGGUUGGGAAGCCAUACAGUGGUGACGUAUUUGAUCUUUGAGAGACUGAGGAUGUGGGCGGGGGUGAGACCGAUGUAG